GAGCACAUAUUUUUAGUCUCAAAAUCGUCUUGACUACACAUUAUUUACAAAUGGCGACCAUUGUAAUUGUAAUUUUUGCUAGUGAUUAGCGUGUAACAAAGUACCACUUAAGCUGCAAUUGAAAUCAAAUAUCAGGCAACAUAGCAAAUGGACAACCGAAAAAAGGGGAAAGAACCAGCUGCUGGGAAAGGCCAUGGCUGUCGAGCUCCAGAUUCAACAGCAAGCAGAAAUCAGGCUUCUACCAGCAGCAGAGCUUUGGUACCAGCAGGCAGUCAUGCUGUAGCUAGAGGCACACCCUUUGAUGGCAAACAACUAGCAUUUACAAAGAAGGGAGACAUGCUAGUCCCAGAAGGCUACAGUAUGCGAGUAAUCAAACCAGCAGAAAAAUAUGAUGUCACAUCUUUUGCCCGUGCCAUGAAUCCUGAUUUUGCUCCAAGGCUGAAACAAUUAUUUGACCUUGAAACUGAGGCUGCAGUUGAAGCACAAAAAACAGGGAUUUACAUUGGCUGGAGAUGUCCUGAGUUCAAAUAUGACUGCCAGCGAGUGAACAAGAAGUCAAGAUGCUUUUGUGAUCAUUCGCUGGAGGAACAUGACAAGUUUACAGGCAAAAGUGUUAGAGUGCCUUGUAAAGUUCAAGGAUGCCCUUGCAAAACGUAUGCGUGGAUUCCAAAUCGUCCUGAGGAUAUUGGAGAGUUCUGGCAUCAGCGCCGCAGAGAUUUUGAUCCAUCUAAGUGGAGAGCAAAAUGCAAGUGCAAGCACACACACAUCUUUCAUGACCCGGUUACCAGAAAGUGCAGAACACAAGGGUGUGGCUGCAGUCAUUUCUCCUCUGACUUCCUCUGUGCCGCUUGCAACAGGCACUAUGAAGAACAUGAAACGUUUUUUGAUACAGAGGAUUCUCGUCAGCAGGGUUUGCCCGUUGGUCAAGAUUGGCUACCAUUUGCUGAAAUGCCUGAUCUACGCAACAUUGCACUCACUGGUGAAGAGGCCAAUGACUCCAGAUACCUAGCGCUUACCCAGGGUGAAGGUUCCAUUCCACAGGGGUCAAGGCCAUCUGGCAAUGAUGCAGUAGUAAACUUUGGAGCCAGUAGCAGUCGUGGUGGUGGAAAGAGUGGAUUUCGGCCAGUAUAUGACUAAAGCUGAAAGUCAGGCGGUUGUAGAUUUCAACCUAAGGCCAAAAAACUCCCCACAAACAAUGAGCUAAUGUUCAUUUUUAUUCUGAGCAAAAUGUAUACAGAAAUCUACCUUUGUGAGAUUAAAGCAGAUUUUAUUAUUUUUGGGUCAGCCAUAAUAAGAACAUUUGCCAUAAAAGAGAUUUCAUGUUAACCAUCAUAAGCAUGAUUAGAGUAUCAAACUAUGAAAAACUGGAAAAAUACAAGUGUAGACAAGGAUCAUCCCAGUGCAUUAAAAGACAUUUUUGUGCAAGGCUUUCGCAAAAGUCUAAGGGAGUACUGCAGAGAGAAAGCACAAAAUUAGAUUAUAUUCUUGCUAAAUUGUGAUAUAUUUAUUGUAAAUGUUUAUAUAGAAUUUGUUGACUUGCUUUUUUUUCUUUCAAACUGCAUUUUCACAACUAUUGUGAAGAUUAAUUUGCCUGUGAUCAGUAGAACAAAACAUUAAUUCAUCAGAAAAAUGACAGUAUGUGGGAUAGUGCAUUCCAUAUAUUAGCAUGUCAGCUACAGGUAUGAUCAGUUAAGCAAGCUAUACACCAAAUCAGUGUGUGACUUCAGUUUGGUUCAUAAAGAAUUCUUCAGCUACUUUUUUUAUCCACUUAUGUACACAUAAGGAUAAUGCAUAUCUGAUCACCUUGUUCAUUUUAUGUUUAAAAUCAAUUAAAUACAUUGCUUUUAGAUAGUCUGAAUGCUUUUUUUGUUGAUAUUUGUUCAAUGCUGUUGCCAAAUAUACACCUUAGCUUCAGAGCAAAAUAAAAUUUGACAAUGUUUGCAGGUGCUGGGGAGUAAAUUCUCCUGUCUGUUGCAGAAUGUUCUCUACUGUUACAUCAUACUAUUUGUAUUUUAUUUUUAUAAUUUUAGAACAGUAUUCUAACAAAAAUUGUUUCUGUUUUCCAAAUAUGUAUUCAAUAUUUUUGGUUGAAAAGUUUUUUAAGUAUUUAAGAUUUCUGUUCUAAGCCAAGAAGAAAGUGUACAUUUUGACACAAUUGACACUCUAUAAGUCUGUUAAUUUUUAUAGGGGAAGGGGUGUGUGUGAAAAAAUAAAACUUUACAUCACACAUGUAGAUGCAGGCACACACAUACAAAGACACACAGAAAGAAAGAAAUCUUUUCCUUUCAAAUUUAUCUUAAAUUUACUGUAAAUUGAAAAAAUAUGACAAGAAUUUGGGGUAAAAAUGAACAGAAAUUUUUGACACACCAUUAUAUAAUAAUGCAGUCAAAAUAAAGAGUCCCAUCUGUUAAUAAAAACUACUUUUUAGAACAUUUUUUAAUUUUAAUGUUACCUUCUGAGCAACCCAUUAGUAUGUAUGUGAAAAAAAAAAUCAAAAGUAAAAAACAAAGUUCCUCACCAUAGCUUAUGCAGCUUACUGGCCCAGGU